AUCUGCGCCAUCAGUCAUCACCAUCCCUCCAAGAGAUCAGCAGCAGCAGCAGUGUAGCAAAAAUUUCAUCAACAUCACCGCGUUUAACAAACUCGGUGACGACCUGGAUAUUUGUCGGAGUGUCCCAAUCAGGGAACGGAAGUGAUAGUGCGGGCCAAAAAUGCCCAUCCCAAGGCAUCGGCUGCUGGUUGUUCUACUAACAACCAGCUUGUGCAUUAAUAUAGUUCUCUCUCAGGAUUUACGACCUUUUGAAAGUGAAAUAUCUUCACCAAGCCAUCUCACCAACCGAAACUAUCGAAACACUCGUAAUACCAACAACAACAAUGAGGACUUUGACAACCUGAUUGUUUCUAAUCAGUCGGAAGCGAGGAAUAGUGAGGCUGGAGACGACGAUGCAUCCGAGGACGAAGGGGAAGGAGACGACAAUGGUGGUGGAAGUGGUGGUGGUGGAGGGGACGAAGGUUCCAAUGAUGACGAGGGGGAGGAAGACGACAGCGAAGGACAGGAGGAGGAAGCUCAAGCUCAAGCCUCGGUUUCCAAUCUGCAGUAUGCCCUUCCUUUUGCCAACUUUACAGAGCUAGCUUAUCAUCCCGACACCAAUGUCAGUGCCUCGAGUAUAAUCUAUAGAACGAAAGACUUGGAUACGGCUGCGACUGGAUAUGGUGGUGGUGGUGGUCACGGUGGUCACUCGUCGAGCAAAGGGGGCAAACAUUCUAGUGGACAUCACGGUUCGCAAGGCCACAAGAAGAAGAAGGGUCAUCACAGCUCUCACGGGUACAAAAAGGGGAACAAGGGGCACUCGAAUAAGAAUCAACAUAAAGGAAAUUAUGGUUCCAAUGCUGGGCAAUCCAAGGGAUCAAAGCAAGGAGGAUCUCAUUACGGAGGAAAAUCUCAUGGAUCAAAGGGUUCAAAACAUGCAAAAUACGGUAAAAAGGGAGGCCAUAAGAAGGGACAUUCCACCAAAGGGUUCCAUAACACGUACCACAAGGAUGAGUACAGCAAGCAAAAGAAAUUCUACGACGACUACCAUUCCGGAGGUCAUCAUGCCAAGCACGGGUCUUACGGCAACCAUCAUGAGGACCAUGGCGGCAAGAAAUAUCACGGCAAGCACCACAACGGACACUGGAAAGAAAACCAUCACGGCCAACAAGGACACAACAAGAAAGGUUACUACGAUGAUCAACACAAGGGCCACAAGAGUCAACAUGGAAAUUCCGGACAACACGGCCAAUCUUCCCAUCACGGCCAGAAAGGUGGUCAUCACAGCAAGAAAUCCUACAAGAAGGGAGGUGGAGGUCAUGGAGGUGGUGGUGGAGGUUAUGGGGGCGGGGGUGGUCACAAGGGCGGCGGCGGUUAUGGAGGAGGCGGAGGAGGCGGUGGCUAUGGGGGUGGCUAUUAAGGAACCAGCGGUCAAGAUUAGCUGGCUGGUAUUAUUACUUGAAGUCGGAUUUUGGAUUUCUCAUCGACUUUUACCCACAUCAGCAAAACCGUUUUACACAUAAUGUUUUACACUUACAAAAUCUUCGUUGUAUAUAAAAUGACAUAGUAAAUUAUGCUAUUUUUAUCGUCAAACCAAAAAUCCGAUGUAUUAUUUUGAAAUUGAUGAACAAUAAAUUUUAUGUUUGAAUCUAAAA